AUGUCUUCUGAGACUGUGACUUGGCAUCAUCUUGGAAGGGACAUAUCCACAGAUGAAGGAGCACGAGUGCAUUCUGUUGGGAAACAACUUUGGUUUCUGCCAACAUCCACUGAAGACUCUGGAAAUUAUACUUGUUUUAAACAUAAGUAUGAUCCCAAUACAUCUGAAACUGUGAGAGUGACAAUACAGCAACACAAACAAGGAAUUUGUUAUUACGAGGAUGCUCUCUAUAUAGAAACGAGAGGAAGUCCUGGAUCUGGAAAUAUUCCUUGCCCUUCUUUUAAUAGCUAUAAGGAUGCAUCUGAUAUCAAGUGGUACAAGGACUGUGAAUUCCUUCAGGGGUCAAGAUACAGCAUGCAAAAUAUGAGACUUUACAUUAAUAAUGCUACUCUACAUGACAAUGGAAAAUAUACAUGUCAAUUUACAUACAGCCAUCGUGGGAAAAGGUUCAAUGUAUCUGCAACAAGGAACUUUGCAAUUUUGGACUACCCAUGGCCAAAAUCUAUUCAAGUUUGCUAUCCAAAAGACAAUGGUAGUAUAGAAGUAGAGAUUGGUUCUCCUGCAAACCUUUCAUGUAAGGCAUGGCUGGGCAUUGGAAAGCUAGCUGACCAUGGAAGCUAUUGGGAAAAUAAUAGUGAAGAAGAUCCCAACCGCUUUGUUCGAUUUAACAAAUCGUAUUUGAAAACUGGAGAAGGAUAUUAUACAGAGGCUGUAUUAAAUAUUAUGGAAGUAAGGAAAGAGGACCUUAACUUAACUUUCUCCUGUUCCAUAUGGAAUAUCCAAGAGUUCAAAAGGGUCAGUAUAACCUUACGUGACAAAGAGAAAGGUCACAGCAACAUCUAUCUGAUAGUAGGAUUUUUUAUUUUGCUGGCUAUUCUAAAUGUCAUGGUGAUUCUUUACCGUUUUUUUCGAGUUGAUGUUGUCUUAUGGUACCAAAGAAUAUUUAACUGCAUUGGCUCUAAGAAUGAUGGGAAAAUAUAUGAUGCUUAUGUUAUCUAUCCCACAAAUCACAUAAAUGGCAUUUCCGAAAAUAAUUUUAUGAGCGAUUUUGUUCACCAGAUUCUACCAGAAGUUUUAGAAAAUCAGUGUGGAUAUCAAUUGUGUAUUUAUGGGAGAGAUGUGUUGCCUGGAGAAGAUGCUGUUGAUGCAGUUGAAAGGAGAAUAAAACAGAGCAGAAGACUGAUAAUCCCCUUAACACAGUCUCAGGCCAUGAGUAAAGAUUUUUCAUAUGAGCACCAGAUUGCAUUAUACAAUGCCCUCAUCCAAAAUGAUGUGAAAGUGAUUCUUUUGGAAAUGGAGAGAAUAGGAGACUAUGCCACAUUUCAAGAAUCUCUCAGGCAUAUCAUUAAUCAGCAAGGAACUGUAAAAUGGAAAGAAAAAUACAUGGCCUGUCCCUUCUCACCCAACUCUGCAUUCUGGAAACAUGUGAAGUAUCAAAUGCCACCAAUCCAUAAAUGGAAGACAGUGGACUAUAUUGAAUGCAAUUCUUUGUGAAAUGUUUUUGCGUGUUUUAUUUUUGAAGGAAUUGUAUCUUUCUCUUCAAGUAUUGUCCCAUAUCUUUUCAGAUUUCAGUUAAAACAGUUUCUUAUAUUUCUGCUUUAUUUCUUACAAAAAUAUAUUCUGUCACUAUUACUUCAUUUUCCUGGCAGUGGCAGACAUACUCAGGAAGAUUCCAUAGAGUAGUCCUACUGAAAUCAAAAAGACAAGUUAAGCAAUUCCUAACUUUUCCUUUUAAUUUCAACCGUAUUAUGUUUAAUAAUUGUCCUCAUCAUGAAAGCUGAUCUUCACAGAAUGCAUCUUAAUAUUGAUCACUUAUAGCCAGCAGGUGGCACUCUUAACUGUAGAAACAGCUAGACAAGCAGACAUACAAAAACUAGCAUUGCUAAUUAUUCUGAGUGUUGAUAUGUUAAAGCCUAAAUACCAUUGCCUAUAUCUAUUCCAUUUUUCAUGUGUAGCUGCAUUUGGCAGCAGAUAUUUCACUGAAUAAGUAAUGUACAGCCUGAAAUGCACUGGGCAUCAAUAGCUCUGUUAGAUUAAUGCACUUUUCUAUACACUUAUAAACCCUAUUCAGACAUUAUAGCCUGAUUCAGACAUUAUACUGUACAAGUGUACAAAUGUCUGUACACUCAUACAUGCGCUUGUGUGAAUGACUGUACCUGUGUUCGUUUUAAAAGUGAAUCUGGGCCCAGGCUGCCUCAAGGGCAGGGUACAGAUAGGAGGGGUGAUACAGUAGGUGUGUUGAACAUCAUGUGUGAAGAACUGUACAUGUGUACAGAUCUAUAUGUACAUACACUGUAAAGAGACUGUAUGUGCAUUGAACAUAACUUGUGAAUAAGGAUAACAUCUCCUUUUUACCAAUAGCUAUUUAUUAUCUAUGACUGCUAAAAUCAUUUAGCACUGCCCAGAGCCAUUUGGAUGGGGUGGUAUAUAAAUAAUAAAAUGGAGUUUCCAUAUUUGGAGGCAGUAUAUUUUUGAAUAUCAU